CAAAUCCGAAGAAACGAUUAGUUCUGGUGGGAGUGAGGGUGAUGUCUGCAUUGGUUAGGAGAUUCAUAAACACAUUCGACGCCAUGUUGUCGCUCCACACAUACCCUUAGAAUGAGACCUCCGUACAGAUCCAGAAUGCCAGGUCCUCUAACCCCUCUUUCAGUACCGGAGCCGAUGAAACAGCGUCAGAUGUACGACAGACUAGUCUUUGGAUUGUCUCCAGGUAAAAAGCGACAGUUGGUUGACAGUGUCAGAUGGACCCGGAGGGUCAAUGAGUUCAGCUUUUAUUCUGAAAGGAACCGUUGCUUGGUUGGUAAAACGCAACAGAUUGGCCACUCCGUCAACUUCUCCAGAAUGCUUUGAACUGGCGUUAAAGAUGGCAUGGACAUAGUUUUUUCUUCGGAUGUUUUGGUUUAUGGUCGAAUGAAAAGAUGACAGAUUUACCAAACACCACCAAAACCACGCCUCCGUCAGAUCUGGCAGAUUCUGAUUGGAUCAGUACAGCAAUGUGUCAUGUCUUAACGCUACGUGAGAUCAGUCCUAGUGGAAACACUUAAAGUCAUAUUACUUAUUAUAUUCUAUAGGAUUAUAAUAAAGUAAUUAAUACUUAGAUUUCACAGAUUGGUCACAUCUUAUUAUUGACUAACACUUUGUUUGAUUAGCUUUAUUAAAAUAGAGUUCUUUGAUUUAUUAAAAGGAGAGAGUCCAUUCUUCAUUCUUCUCUUGGGCUGGAAAGGAAGCACUUUAGAGCAAAUGCAUGAGACCUUGAGACCAUAUCUCAUGCAGACUAGUUCUGUGUCAGAGGAGAGGGGGAAAUGACUUUAGGGGGAAAACAGUCAUUUCAUUCCGUUACAGUCAAUUGCCAGAGUAAAUACACACCUUCACUUUGACCAUCGCUCUGGUAUUUUCAUGUAAUUCUAUUUUAACUGUUUAUCCUUCAGCUACUCAAAUCAAUGUCCCUCUGAGAUUAAUAAAGUAUUUUUGAAUUGAAUUGAAUAAUCGCUAAAUCUCUUUAAGAGUUUGAGUUUGUUCAGUCCAACUCAGCUCUUACACCACUAGCUUCAAGCUAAUUAGCCGCUAGUCAUGCAUUAUAAAAUUAUAAAAACAAAGCUAUUAACAUCAGAAACUAGGUAUAAAAAACUUUUAUGUCUAUAUUUUCACCACUUGGACCGUAAAGCUCUCAUUCUCUGGUGUCGGGUUUCAGGAACAAGAAAUUAGCCGGAGAGAGGAGCGGAAAAUGAGUCAGAGAAAAUGAAUGGGGGGGUUACUCUUUAUCAUUUUGCUUUUGCAAACGUUGGUGUUUCCACCUCAAGCCUGCACGUUGUGGAUUUGCUAAUGCUAAUAGUUAGCUUCUACAACCCGAGGUGUGCUCUGCUCUCUCCUGGAUGCAAAAAUCAACAGCAGCCUUCCCCAUCACAAGCCAAUAUGGGCAAGUCCAUGAGUUAUGAUUUUUAGUAUGACGUAGAUCUGUCAGGCUUUUCUAUCAGAAACUAACACAGGAGAUAGGUGUAGGAGACUAGUUUCAUGUUCAACCUGCAUGUGAAACUUGCACAGCCAUGCUAGUAUAUAGGAACUUUUUCAACAUGAGCCACAACCUGUGAUUAGAUGUGUAUAUUUUGGCUUUUGCUCCAACUUUUACAUCACAAUUAGGUAGUUUGAAGGUUAAUUACAUAACAUUAGCAUAAACUGCUAUGACGCUAUCCUCAGACUAGCUGUUAGCUCAUCAGUCCUUCAGAAUGGAAACUAAAACGGUUCAGGAAGCUAUAAAACGAGUAGCUCUUUAAUUAUGUUUAACUUUUACACAGAGAAACUUUGUUUGCUGUGAUGUUAGCACGUUUUAUUAAGCUUUUUUUUACGUGACGUUAGAUGCACAAAUGAAACAAAAACUAACAUUCUGUUAGAGUUCUGCACUUUUCUGCUACACUGCAUUAACCCUCUGGAGGCAGGCGUUGCAGAUGUGCAACGUUAAAACCUACCUACCUGGUUACUCCACAUGAGUAUUUCAUGAGCUUUUUAACUCAGAAGUACCCCUGAAGGACUUAGUUGUUCGUCCUUUUAUCCAAACUUAUUUUUUGAGCCUGACGGGGUUAAACCGUGCCAGACAUACGUUGCAGCAGAAUCGUGGUCAUGUCUUGAAAUAAAUCCGGAGGGGAUCUUUUAAAAACAAACCCCAUGAAUGGCAAGCAAAAAAAGUCAGUUUUGAUGUGUGAGCAAAAGCAUAAUUACAGAUGAAGCCCAAGUUAUUUUCUGAAAUGUGGCUUUUUUACUCCAAAACAGACCCAGAUGUAAAACUCUUUUUUUUUUCUCCCCCCAGCGACAAAUAUGAGAUUCUUUUUCGUGUGAAGUCCCUCCGAACGAGAAGAGGAUUACUUCUGAGGUGUCAAACAUGCAGAGCAGCAUGGAUUCAUAACUGCUCCUCCCCAGCAGCACAAGAAAACCCAGAGGGGGGGUGGGUUGUGCAGAAGCCUGCAGCUGUUUGUGAGGAGAAAGAGAAACCCAUCAGCCAACCAGCGCCUACUUAUCUGGAGAUGAGGAUCAGAAAUAGCAGGGGUCAAGAGGAGGAGGAAGAUUGUAGAAAAGCUCCAACAACAACAGAAGAAGUCGUUAGUGAGGACCAACCCACUGCGUGUCGAGUCCUGCCCUCCUGAGUUCCCACAUCACUCCACAGCCGUGCUGCUCGCUCAGCUCCUCACAUCUCCUCUCCUCUCCUCGGACCUCCUGCUUGCUCCAGGACACGUUUGCUCAGGCUUGCUGCUGUUGCCUACCAGUGUGCAUCUCGGGUACUGAGAGGAGAAAAGGGGAGCCUUUAAGAAGGAAACAUCUGAAACCACAAGAAAGCUUUUCUGGUAGCAUCAAAAGGAACAUUUUUCCCCGGCGGACAGACCCGACCAAGCGACGGAUGGAAAAAUGAACCGCCACAGGAUUCUCUGACAUCUGCUUUCGUGGAUCUGACUUUAAAAAUCAGAAGAAGUUGAAAACAAGCGCCGGCUCCUUCUGUCCAACCCUCUGUCCCGAUGGAGUGCACGGAGGGGGCACCCGGGAUGUUCAGCCAGUACCUGACGAAGGACGUGAUUGUGGGGCACUACAACCACACGGACAAGCUGGAGAACAGAAAGGACAAGAACGAACUCCAGGCGGUGGACAUAGCCGUGCUGCUCCUCUGCCUGCUGAUCGUUGCAGAAAACGCCGUGGUGCUCAUCGCCAUCUGGAAGAACAAGAAGUUCCAUGUGCCCAUGUACUACUUACUGGGGAAUUUAACCCUCUCCGACCUGCUCGCGGGUCUCACCUACAUGAUAAACAUUGUGACUUCUGGUGCCACGACUUUCAAAAUGACCCCUGUGCUGUACUUCCUGAGGGAAGGGUGCGUGUUCAUCACGCUGGCGGCUUCCAUCAUCAGCCUGCUGGCCAUCGCCAUCGAGCGCCACGUGACCAUGGUGCGGAUGAAGCCCUACCAGGGGGACAAACAGGGUCGGAUGUUCUCCCUGAUUGGAGGCAGCUGGGUGCUGUCCGUGUUCCUGGGCGUGCUGCCCGUCCUGGGCUGGAACUGCAUCUGCCACCUGGAGAAGUGCUCCACCGUCCUUCCGCUCUAUGCCAAAAGCUACAUCCUCUUCAGCAUCACCAUCUUCAGCGCCAUCCUCAUGUCCAUCGUGGUGCUGUACGUCCGCAUCUUCCGCAUCGUCAAGGCCAACACGCAGCGCCUCGCCACAGUGCCGCAGCGGAGGGGCCUCUACCGCAAAUCCCAGAAGUACAUAGCUCUGCUGAAGACCGUCACCGUCGUCCUGGGGGUCUUCAUCGUGUGCUGGCUGCCUCUCUUCAUCCUCUUCUUGAUCGACUACUUCUGCCAAGCCAGAGAAUGCAAAGUGCUCAAGAUGUCGGAGUACUUCCUGGCCACCGCGAUCAUCAACUCUCUUCUUAACCCCAUCAUCUACACGCUGACCAGCAGGGACAUGAGGAAGGCCAUCCUGCGGCUCCUCUGCCGUCCCUGUCUCCUGAACAAAGACGGGAAAAUGAAGAAGUUCGGGGUGGCCUUCUUAGAUUUCAGCACCACGAAAACAGACGCAGCCUCUCACAGACUGGAGGGCCUGGAGACAACCGUGUCCUCCAGUAACUGCACACCCUCAGCCAUUAAAGCCAUUUACCCCAAGAUUUCUAGGAUAUGAUGCCAUGGAUCGCCAUUCGCCGAGAGCACAACAAACCAUGUUGCACUUUGAAAUGACUCCAGGUUGUGUUCUUAUGAACUUCUCAACGCGACACGAUCUGGGAGAACGAAUCAUUCCGCAUCUGUCCCGACGUUCCCGCCUUAUUGCGUCUGCUCUGAGAAAUCAGCAUUAAAACAGUGUUUUAGAGGUCAGUAUUAACCAGAAGGAGUUUCCUGGGACGUAAACCAAGAAAAUCCUGCCGAUGUUUGUGUGAAGAGGAGAAGUUUCAGCCUGAAGAGGGGGGAGCCCGAGCAGGAGAUUUAUCUGACGUGCUGCUGCCGUUGUAGUGUUUAAUGACACGUUACAGCACACAGCAUCCACACCCAGAAGAAAUAAUCACUGGCUGCUAAAAAACCGAGUAAUUUCUGCCAUGUGAGUUUUGGCCAGCGGUGAUGCCGGGACAUCAGAGGCUCGCCGGCCCCGAGACGCACUAAAGACGUCAGGCUGGGUGGCUUCAGCCUCGGAGGUCCCGUCGUCCACACGCAGCAACACAUAAUGAGCGCCUUAGCAGAAAGGAAGGCCGAGCGCGUAAAAUUAAAGCUUCCCCUCAAGUUAAACUGUAAGAAAAUGUAAAAAGGAAGAUUUUAUUUAGCUAUAUUUAGCGCUUUUUGUGAAUAUAUGACAACGCUGUGUUUGUGAAAUGUUUAAAUUAUGUCAGUUUUUUAUCUGCACUGAAUAAACAUGUGAAUGAUUUUUA